GAAGAGUUUUGUAGAAGUAACAAAACAGAGCAAAAAAUGGUUCCUAAUAAGCAAGCUGAAGAGGCCAUAGUAUCUGGGGAAAUGAAGGGUGAAAAUGAGCAAGAUCAGGGAGAAGGGGAGGCAGGGGUAGAUCAGUCAAUGUCUGGCUUCAAAAACUUUCUUUGGCAUGGUGGUUCUGUUUAUGAUGCUUGGUUCAGCUGUGCUUCAAACCAGGUGGCACAAGUUCUGUUGACUUUGCCAUACUCUUUUUCUCAAUUGGGUAUGCUUUCAGGAAUCAUAUUACAAGUGUUUUAUGGUCUUCUUGGAAGUUGGACUGCUUAUCUCAUCAGUGUUCUGUAUGUGGAGUAUAGAGCCAGAAAGGAGAAAGAGAAUGUCAGCUUCAAGAACCAUGUUAUUCAGUGGUUUGAGGUGCUGGAUGGUCUUUUGGGCCCACAUUGGAAAGCUGUGGGGUUGGCCUUCAACUGCACCUUCCUUCUUUUUGGCUCUGUCAUACAACUUAUAGCUUGUGCAAGCAAUAUAUAUUACAUAAACGAUCAUUUGGACAAGAGGACAUGGACAUACAUAUUCGGAGCUUGCUGUGCUACGACCGUCUUCAUACCCUCUUUCCACAAUUACAGAAUUUGGUCUUUUCUUGGCCUUGGCAUGACCACCUACACUGCUUGGUACUUGGCCAUUGCAGCCUUGAUCCAUGGUCAGGGUGAAGGAGUGGUUCAUUCGGGUCCUUCAAAGAUGGUUUUGUACUUCACUGGAGCCACAAACAUACUCUACACUUUUGGUGGACAUGCUGUUACAGUUGAAAUAAUGCAUGCUAUGUGGAAGCCACAGAAAUUCAAGUACAUAUAUCUGUUUGCUACCUUAUAUGUAUUCACCUUAACAUUACCAUCAUCAGCCGCGAUGUACUGGGCCUUCGGUGACCAGCUCCUGAAUCACUCCAAUGCUUUCUCCCUUCUGCCAAAAACUCGAUUCCGUGAUGCAGCCGUGAUCCUCAUGCUCAUCCAUCAGUUUAUAACGUUUGGUUUUGCGUGUACGCCGCUGUAUUUUGUGUGGGAGAAAGUCGUGGGAAUGCACGACACAAAGAGCAUAUGUUUACGAGCAUUAGCUAGGCUGCCAGUGGUGAUACCAAUCUGGUUCCUAGCCAUCAUUUUCCCCUUUUUCGGUCCGAUCAAUUCGGCUGUCGGAGCUCUGUUGGUCAGCUUCACCGUCUACAUCAUCCCAGCUCUUGCCCAUAUGCUCACUUACCGAAAAGCUUCUGCUCGCCAGAACGCAGCGGAGAAGCCUCCAUUCUUUUUGCCGAGCUGGACGGCCAUGUACAUAGUGAACGUAUUUAUUGUCGUGUGGGUUUUUGUGGUGGGGUUCGGAUUCGGAGGGUGGGCAAGCAUGACAAACUUCAUCAAACAGGUUGAUACGUUCGGUCUGUUUGCAAAAUGUUACCAAUGCAAGCCUCCGCCACCGCUACAAAAGCAUUGAAUUUGAUGUUUUUUUGAUCGUUGGUUGUUUUUCUUUGACAUGGUGUUGGUUUUAGACUAGCGGUAAUAUAUGGUGUAGUGUGUAAAAUGGUCGAUGGUGAAUUUAGUGAUGGUCGAAAUAUGGUAUAAAUCUGUUUUAUUGCUGUUGUGACAAUUUUAUGAAUAUAUCAAUUUGAAGUCGUUUUGAUA